AUGAAUGAACCUCCAUUAGAAUUUAUCCAACUCAUUGAACGAGAUUAUAAAACAAAACAAACACAAAAAUAUGUUGAUGAACAAGUUGAAGAUGUUAUUUCAUGGUUAUUGUAUCUACAAACGUAUAGUCAAAAUGGCACUAUUCUAUCAAAUUCAGGUAAAUUACUACAUGUUGUAAUGAAACAAAUAUCAAACAAACCUUUAUUAGUUGAUCUAUUAAAGAAAAGAGUUAUCGAAUCCACCAAACAAGUACAAUCAGAAAAAAAUAUCGACACUAUCAUUGAAUCAAUUCGAUUGGUAUAUUCAAGAGAUAAAAGUGGAGAUUAUAUUCAUAGGGUAAUGAUAGAAUUGAUUGAAAAUGGAAAUGGGUCUCUAUUUUUGGCAAGAAUGCGUAAAUUGGCCAGAGAGAAUCGUGGUGAUAUUGAUUCAUCAAUAGAAAUAGCCUUGGUAGCUGGAUUAAAGAACUGUACUAGCGAGAGGAUUCGAUUGGCAUCGUUGGAGCUAUUUAUCAAAAUUUUUUCUAUUCAAGAUGAAAUCAUUCCAUUGAUCAUGCCACUCAUUGGUCAAGCUUAUCAAGCAGGUGAUAUGGAAUUGGUUGACAAGGUCAUCCGAAAAUUAUUAUCAAAUGUUUCAAAAGAGGAAGACUGGUUUACCAAACAUGCAAAAAUCACGAUUGGAACAUUCAUGCCCAUUUUAAAACAACCAGAAAGGUUUUUAAACAUAGGAAUGCUAUUCAAAAUGUUAUUGUCAGUUCCAAUUAGUGACUGGAAUCAUCAACAACAACAACAACAUCACCAACUCGAACAAUUUGUAUCAUUAGUCUAUUCAAAUAUUUCUUCUAAAGUUAAAGAAACCAAAUGUCUCAAUGAUAUUGACAAAAAAGAAAAAGAACAAGAUGAAGUAGAUGAAGAAGAGGAAGAUGACGAAGAACAAGACGAAGAAGAUGGACAAGAUGAUGAUGAAGAUGAACAAGAAGAUGAUGAAGAAGAGGAAGAUGAACAAGAUGAAGAAGAAGAUGGACAAGAUGAAGAAGAAGAUGAACAAGAUGAAGAUGAAGAAGAUAAACAAGAAGAUGAUGAAGAAGAGGAAGAUGAACAAGAUGAAGAUGAAGAAGAUGAAGAAGAAGAUGAUGAAAAAGAUAGUCAAGAAGAAGAGGAACAAGAAAAGUAUUUAAAUUAUUCAGAUUAUCAACAAAUGAUUAAAGAUUUUGCAAAGUUUUUAGCAAAUCCAGUUCCAUGGAAAAUUACUUUGGAAGAAUGCAAAAGAAGAGUUGUUUCACUAUGUUGGAAAGAUAGAUAUGUUGCAUUGGUAAUCUAUACUAAAAUGGUUCCCUAUUUGGCUGAAAAUGACAAUUCUUUUGGAAAAGAAUUUGAAAGUCUUCUCAGCAUUUUCAUUCCAACUGCUCAAGAUACCAAUCCUCGAGUUAGAUGCGCAUUUUUUACUUUUCUUUCUCAAAUAUGUGAGGAUUGCCAACAAUAUUCGGGUUGUUUUGUGCAACAACUCUUACCAUCUACCUAUGAAAUAGCUGCUCAAGAUCCAAAUGUUAAUGCACAAUCAGCUUUGUGCGGAUUUAUUGAAAUCUAUUUAGAAUGUUGUUUUGAUGAUUCUUUAGAUUCAACACCAGAUAAUAAUUUAUUUAUGGCACUUGAACAUUUAUUAGAAUCACCAUGUCGAGAUGUUAUAGAAAGUGCUUUAUCAUCAAUUGUCUCUACAUUUUCAUAUCCUCAAGAAGAUGAUAGUUCUCAUUUCUUUUCAAAUUCAAUUGUCGAUAAAAUUAUUGUAGUUUUGGGAAAAUAUCAAUCAUCUAGGGAAUUUUGUCAUUACGCCUAUAAAGCCAUUCAAAACUUUGCGUCAAGUAAUCAUGGAAAACGACGAUUUUUAAAGAAUUUUAAAUCUUUCUUUCAACUUGUCAACACGACCAAGAUCAAGAAGGAUGGCGUUGAUCUUUUUUUUGGUUAUCUCGAAACAUGUCAAGAGGUAUCAAAGAUUCUGAAAGAAGAUUAUUCCAUCUACCUUGCACCAACAAUGAAAUUCGUUUUGGAUAUUGUCAAUCAAGAUAUUGUCAGCAAAACUCAAAAGACUCUGGUCAUCAGUACAUUGGAAAGUAUAGGAAGCUUUUUAAAUUCGAGCGAGUCUAUCAUUUAUCCAUAUCUUGAACCAUUGGUCGAUGCAUGCACAAGACUCUCAACCACCAAUGCUAGUAGAGAUAUUUGUAAAAAUGCUAUUAGCAAUUUCGAUUCAUUGCUCAGUGUAUGCAUCGAUAGAUAUGGAAACAAUAGUCAACAAUCCAAAACACUAUACUCUAGACUAUUGUCAUGUAUUUUCGAUUCGUGGAGUGGUUCGAGUCGUGUUGGUGAACUGCUAGAAAAGUUGCGCGUUGCUAAAAACCUUACCGAAAUGAUGGGAGACUAUUUCAUGACAUUUGAACAGAUCCAAGACGUCAUGUCAAAGUUGUGGAUUGCAAAAAAGAUAUGUUUUGGUCUUUUGGAUAGAACAGAUCGAGAAAAAGAAGAAGAUGAUGAUGAAGAUGAUGAUGAAGAUGAUGAAGAUGACCUGUCAUAUGCAAUUAAAUGCCUCUACGAAUUCGUUGGUGUUUUGGUCAAAAAAACAAAAGAGGUUGCAAUCCAUGUCAUCGUAGACAUGGAUAUUUUAUCAGAGACUAUUCAAGUACUACAUUUGGUCCAAACGGAUCCAAUAAUCAAGAAAUCAAUACUACAAAUGUUUUCAGAUAUUUGUGAAUUUGGUGGUCAACCAAGUAUUGCAUUGUAUCCCCAAAUCAUCCCAGUCAUGAUUGCACAAAAUGCAGCAUUUGGAUUGGGUGUGGCUGCAGCCAAUGCAAAGGAGCAGUUUGCACCAUACCUAUUGACAACACUCACACUACUCAAAGAUCUCGUAUCGAAAAAGAAACCAAGGGAAACUCGAAGUGCCAUUUCAGCAAUUGGUAAAUUUAUUCUACAUGUACCUCAGUUGGCUCCAUUGGUACGUAAACUCAUUCCAGAGUGGUUAGAGAAACUUCCAAUCAAAAAAUCUGAAAGUUCUAUCCCACUACUCUUGGAAAAUGCCCAAUGUAUUGUCAACUUGCACGCUAUCAUGCAAUUGUAUCCAAACGAGUGUCUUGGUAAAGGUGAUGAUGAUGAAUUGUCAUCCAAUGUCGAUCAAAUCAAUUUGAUUGUAUCAGAAUACACAACACAUUCUAAUAUAAAAAAUAGAACGAAACAGGUGUCCCGAGAACCCAAACGUUAUUACGAUCAAUUGGCCACCUACCUUGAAGCUCAACGAGCAUUUUAA